AUGGCAGCGGGGUGGCAGAACAUAGCGAACACACACUAUGGCCAAUCAACAUCACUUGACCUCGCUCGGCACCAAACAUCUGCUCUGGCAGGUACAAAACGACAAGGCGACGGAACUGUGAGGAUCGAUUCAGCCCGUCAACCUCUCGUUCCUGUAUUUCAUGGGACGAUAUCUGGUGACCAGCCAGUUUCGGCCCAUUCUCGGGAGUACUACAAGACACGCUUAAAAGCAAGUCGCAUCCAUGCUGCCAAUGACAGCAACGAUAAUAAGCAGAGCCUUGGGAGGCCUCCAGUCUCCUUACCUCCACAUAUACCAUCUACGCCAGGGCCAACUCAGAAUCCUUUGCUCACACUUCGUCACCCGAGGUACGGGCUCCCUAUCAAAUUGGUCGAUAACUUUGAAGCAUGCGGAGUGCGCUCGAUUUAUCCAUGGCAAUCAUCCUGCCUUCUUGGGAGAGGACUCUUGACGGGUGAGCAAAACCUGGUUUACACUGCACCAACUGGUGGUGGCAAGUCACUGGUAGCUGAUGUUCUCCUCCUCAAAAAGAUCAUUGAGAACCCAGGAAAGAAAGCCAUUCUCGUGCUGCCAUAUGUAGCACUUGUGCAAGAAAAGCUGAAAUGGUUGCGAUCCUUGGUGGAUGGCGUCACCAAGAACACCGAAGAGUCACCCCAUCUUGUCCACCAUCCGACAUGGCAGCAAAGCAGCAAUCUGAUCCGUGUCGUUGGAUACUUUGGGGGAAGUAAAUCUACUGUCAAUUGGGCUGAUUGCGAUGUUGCGGUUUGUACCAUCGAAAAGGCCAACUCUUUGGUCAACAACUCAAUCGAGGAAGGUAAAGAUGGCGAGAUUGGUGUCCUUGUUUUGGAUGAACUGCACAUGCUCAAUGAUGAGCAUCGUGGCUACAUCAUGGAGCUGGUAGCAACGAAGCUGCUAUCCAUUGGCUCCAAUGUACAAAUUAUUGGCAUGAGCGCCACUCUACCAAAUCCUGAGCUCUUGGCCGACUGGCUCAGAGCAAAAUUUUACAUUGCAAAAUACCGACCCAUUCCGAUCGAAGAGCACCUAGUGUAUGAGAAUGGCAUAUACUCGACAUCAAAUGCCGACGACUUUUGCCGCACAGCCAGUCAACUAACGACACGCGGUCUCACUCCCACUCCCAGACCUCAGCCUUCCCGAACCAUUGAGUCAUCCGUACAUAAACAACUGGAAAGCCCUGUGUUGAACGCUGUUGUAGCCCUUGCGGUAGAGACAGCAUCUAGUGGGCAUGGGGCUCUCGUAUUCUGCAGCAGUAGGGCGGGAGUAGAGAGAAUGGCAAUAUUGAUCAGCGACGCCAUGCCAACAACAAACAUUGCGGCCGAUAUUUGGGACAAGAGGCAAGAUGUCCUUGCUUCAUUACGUGCCCUUCCUGCAGGCUUCGAGGCCACGUUCUCACAAACGAUCCUGCAUGGGGUCGGGUUCCACCACGCCGGUCUCACGGUCGAAGAACGUGCCAUGGUAGCCGAAGCAUAUGACACAGGCAUUCUCAAGGUUAUGGUUGCCACAUGCAGUCUUGCGGCCGGCAUCAAUUUGCCCGCCCGCAGGGUAAUUCUGAGCGGAGCGCGAAUGGGUCGAGAUCUGGUCGGACCUGCCAUGCUCCGGCAAAUGCGAGGUCGCGCUGGUCGAAAGGGCAAAGAUGAAGUUGGUGAAACCUACCUUUGUUGCCUGAAAUCGGAAUUGGAAGAUGUGGCAGAACUCCUCCAGGCAGAAAUCCCACCAGUUGUAAGUUGUCUAAUACCUGAGAAGCGUGGGAUAUCGAGAGCUCUUCUGGAGAUCAUCGGCAUUCGAAUGGUGUCGAGUCGAGAAGCGCUUGAUCAACAUGUUCAUUCGUCUCUUCUCUGGCAUACCACAGCUCAUGACGUGGUGAACAAAAUGGUCGACGCCUCAAUCGAGGAGCUCAUCAGUCAACGACUAAUUCAAAGAACAGAAUUCGAGAAUUGUUUAGAACCAACCAAAUUGGGUACGGCUGUGGUGGCUAGCGGUCUCACACCGGAAGACGGGGUUUUCGUCCAUUCGGAGCUAACAAGAGCUCUCCAAUCACUGGUCAUGGAUGGUGACUUGCACAUCUUCUACCUUUUCACACCUGUACAGACUACAGGUCUCAGUGACAUCUCGUGGUUGACAUUUCGGAAUCAACUCGAAGCCCUUGAUGAAAGUGGCUUGAGAGCUCUUGGUCUGGUUGGUAUCAAACCUGCAUUUGUCAAUCGUCUCGUUAAUAGUGGUGCGGAGCUAAAAGAAGGUACGGCGGAGGAAAUUCGGGUUGCCCGAGUCUAUCGUCGCGCGUAUGCAGCAUUUCAGCUGCGAGAUCUUUGCAAUGAGGCCACUAUCCACGAUGUCAGUCUCAAAUACAGCGUUCCAAGGGGCCAAGUUCAGAAUCUGUCCCAGACAUGUCACGGAUUUGCAGCAGGCAUGAUCAAAUUCUGCGAGCGGAUGCAAUGGGGUAUGCUGGGAGCCGUGCUAGAACACAUGUUGGACCGCCUUCGGGCAGGAGCUCGCGCGGAUCUGCUUGAGAUGGCCCAAGUUGCCUUUGUGAAGAGUCGCAUGGCGAGGAUAUUCUGGGAGAACGGAUUUAAGAGUGUAAGGGCCCUGAGCGAAGCAGAUCCUCAGAGUCUGGUUCCUGUCAUGAUGCAAGCCCAGGUCCGCAAAUUGCGAUUACAGGGUGCGGCUGCUGAGAAGCUCAAUGCCAAGCUCGUGGUGAAGGCGGGCAUUAUUGUCCAGAGUGCGAGUCGGCUCUGGGAAAGACAACAGAUGGUGCAGUGGGAGGAGGAGUAG